AUGGAGACAGCAGAUGGUCAGUCCGUUUUGAGGUGUGAGCAGUGCAAUAAGCCGUUCGACAAGCACAUGGAUACUACUGUCGGUCUCGAAGAGUCGGUAGUACCCCUCGAUCUCGAUCAUGUAUCUCUUGUGCCAAAGGGAAAGCUCGUUGUGAUAAUAAGCGACCCGAAUGCUCGAGGUGUGUAUCCAAGGCCAUUGGAUGUCACUAUCCACAUGCCGCGCCCAGAGGCUCACACGGAGCGGAGGAGGAUUGGAUCUUCAUUGGUGGAAGCUGUUCCUAGCAUCGACACCCCGCAAGAUUCGAGGAAUGGAGACAUGACUUCCCAAAAUGCGCUUGUCACGUUAGAGCCAAAUUUCGCAAAUGCAGGAGAGCAGCUCCUUGAUUGGGACUACACAAACAUCGAUUUUGCCGAAUUUCUGAACUCCCCGACGAACGAGGAGAAUGUUCAGUACCCCUCCUUCAGGUCAUCAUCCUUACUCCGUCAGUCGACACCCCCACCAUCCACUGCUCAAAUAUUUCAUGAACACCGAUUUCAUGAACACCGAUUUCAUGAACACCGAUUUCAUGAACACCAGUUCUCCUCCUCCAAUAUAUCAAUACCACCAGUACCGGAUCCGUUCUUCCGCUCCCUCGUCCUCAAGCCGACAGUAGGUUUCGGGGCGUCGAGAAUCGCUACCCUCAUACUCCACAACCUCAGAUCUUAUCCCCUGAUGAUGCUCCGCCACGACGCCCUUCCACCUUUCAUCCACCCGGCAUUGAUAUCUUCCAACGAGGAGGACAACUAUAUGGAGCCACUGACGAAUUGCAUCAGUUUGGUGCACAUGAUUAGUAGCAGGGUGCAAGGGAGUCGAAAAUUAUUUUGGAAGAAUGUCCGCGUUGAAUGCGAACGCUUGUGUGCCGAUCAUAUGAAAUUGACUAGAUGGGAAUUACUAGCUGCCAUGCAAGCCCUGUCCAUUUACAUCCUCAUAAGACUAGAGGAAACCGAGACGGAUUAUAAUAAUUUCGAUGUCCUGCUAGUCACAACUGUAACCGUAAUAGCCAAACGCAUCACCUGCAGCCUGAAGACAUGCAACACACCGUCAGCACUCUGCAGCUACAACCGCGACAUAACCUGGAAAGACUGGAUCUACGAAGAAUCGCGACGACGAUUAUCAGUCGUCUACCGCGUCGUCGGCAUGCUCGUCCACUUCGACCCAGCGGGAAUGUGCGCCCUGCAAAAAGACCUGGUCCUCGCGCCCCUCCCCGCGAAGAAACAGCUGUGGGAAGCAAGCGACGAGUUUACGUGGCGGGCGGAGCGGGAGCGGGAUCCGCGGUCGAAGAGCGAUUUUGGGUUGGCGGCGAAUGGGGAGCUGGUGGAGUUGGAUGAGGGGCAGAUGUAUUGUAGUGAUGCGGUGUUGUUGUAUAAGUCGUUGGAUGCGAGGGUGCCGGAGAGGAGGGGUGCCAUGUGGGAGGAUUGGUGUUCGGGGAUGGAUGGGUUUGGGGGGCUUGUUAUGCUUGCUGCUUCUUUGAUCGUGUGA